CUCGACUCUCGCUUUCCCUUCUUUUUCACUCUCACUCUCUCUCUCUGCCUCGGCCUCUGCUUUCUUUUUUCUUCAAUGGCGGUCCUGAAGCUUUUCUCUCUCUUCCUCAUUAUCUUGACAAACUUACCCAACACUCUGAGUCAGUCUUCUUCAUCACUAUCAUCUUCUUCCUCUGAUGUUGAGCUAGUAUUGAGCAAAAUUAAACCAUCACUGCAAGGCAAAACAGAGAACCUACUCUUAUCUUCAUGGAACACCUCUGUUCCUCUCUGUCAAUGGCGAGGCCUCAAAUGGGUUUUCACCAACGGUUCUUCUCUUGUCUGCAACGACCUCUCUUCUCCACAGUGGACCAACCUUUCUCUUUCCAAAGACCCAUCUCUCCACCUUCUCUCUCUACAACUCCCUUCGGCUGGACUCUCAGGAACACUGCCAAGAGAGCUCGGCGAGCUCUCAAACCUCCAAAGCCUCUAUCUCAGCGUCAACACACUCUCUGGAACCAUCCCUCUCGAGCUUGGCUACAGCUCGUCUCUCUCCGACAUCGAUUUGGGCAACAAUUUGAUCAAUGGGUCACUCCCCACAUCGAUCUGGAACCUCUGCGAUCGGCUCGUUUCGCUUCGGCUUCACGGUAACUCUCUCUCUGGUUCUCUUCCUGAACCCGCAUUGCCUAACGCUACUUGUAAGAAUUUACAGUUUCUUGAUCUUGGGCACAACAUGUUUGCGGGAAAUUUUCCAGAAUUUAUAACUAGGUUUCGUAGUCUUAAACAGCUUGAUCUUUCUAAUAAUAUGUUUUCGGGUUCGAUUCCUGUGAGUGUAAGUGAACUAAAUUUGGAAAAUUUGAACCUAUCGCACAAUAAUUUUAGUGGGGUGUUGCCGAAUUUUGGGGAAUCCAAGUUUGGAGUGGAGGAUUUUGAAGGAAACAAUCCAGGGCUUUGUGGGUCUCCAUUGAAGAGCUGUAGAGGAAGCUCUGGGUUGAGUUCUGGUGCAAUUGCUGGUAUUGUUAUUGGGUUAAUGACCGGUGCUGUAGUUUUCGCUUCCUUGUUAAUUGGGUAUGUGCAAGGGAAGAAGAGGAAGAGUAGAGACGAUGAAGACGAUGAGGAAUUGGAAGAAGAAGCAGAUGAUGAUGAGAAUGGGGGGGUUGGUGGUGGUGAGGGGAAGUUGAUUUUGUUUCAGGGUGGCGAGCAUUUGACAUUGGAGGAUGUGUUGAAUGCGACGGGGCAAGUGAUGGAGAAGACGACUUAUGGGACGGUAUAUAAGGCGAAACUUGCUGAUGGAGGGCACAUUGCUCUGAGGUUGUUGAGGGAAGGAAGUUGUAAAGAUAGGAGUUUGUGUUUGCCUGUUGUGAAACAAUUGGGGCGUGUUCGACAUGAGAAUUUGAUUCCUUUGCGAGCAUUUUAUCAGGGGAAGAGAGGCGAGAAGCUGCUCAUUUAUGAUUAUCUUCCCAGCAGAACCCUCCAUGAUCUCUUACAUGAAUCAAGGGCAGGGAAACCAGCUUUGAAUUGGGCUAGGCGACACAAGAUUGCAUUGGGUAUAGCCAGAGGACUAGCAUAUCUUCAUACAGGUUUUGAAACACCUGUUACACAUGGCAACGUGAGAUCCAAAAAUGUUUUUGUGGACGACUUUUUUGUGGCCAGGCUCACUGAGUUCGGACUGGACAAACUAAUGAUCCCAGCCGUUGCAGACGAACUGGUGGCACUUGCAAAAACCGAUGGUUACAAGGCUCCAGAACUUCGAACCAUGAAAAAGUGCAAUUCCAGGACAGAUGUUUAUGAAUUUGGAAUACUAUUACUCGAGCUUUUGUUAGGGAAGAAGCCCGGGAAAAAUGGAAGAAGUGGUGAUUUCAUCGAUUUGCCUUCACUAGUGAAAGUGGCGGUUUUGGAGGAGACGACAAUGGAGGUUUUUGAUUUAGAGGUUUUGAAAGGGAUAAGGAGUCCAAUGGAAGAAGGUUUGGUUCAGGCAUUGAAGCUCGCAAUGGGUUGUUGUGCGCCAGUGGCUUCAGUUAGACCCACGAUGGACGAGGUUGUCAAGCAGUUGGAGGAGAAUAGACCGAGGAACAGGUCUGCUUUGUACAGCCCUACAGAAACUAGGAGUGAAAUCGGUACCCCUUUUUGAGUUUUGGGGUUAGGUUGUGAGUUUCUUAAUGUCCAUCAGUUUCUCCUAAUGGGGAUGUGAUUAAUGGUGUUGACCUUUUGUUUUUGUUUUUGCUUUUGCUUUUGCUUUUGCUUUUGUUUUCUUCCCUAGUGAAGUUGUGUUUGUAAGGAUGAAAAUGGUUCAUAGUCUACUGGUUUAUUGACAUUAAUCUAUGCAGAACAGAAUGUUGGAGUAGCCUUUUAUUCAUAUAUGCAUUGCCCAUAUGCUA